AUGAUCACCAUCACAUCGUUGGCUGUUGCUCUCAUCGCUGCAAAGAACGUUGCGGCCGUUGGUAGCCCUUUUGGCUUCGCCACCGGUACCACGGGAGGCAACGGCGCUGCUCAGGCGGUCCCUACGUCCGCUGCACAGCUCAAGAGCUGGCUAGAAGACAACGUUACUCGCAACAUUCUGUUGGAUCGCACAUAUGACUUUACUGACACCGAGGGGUCCAUCACUGGCACAGUUUGCAAGUCAUGGAAUUGCUCACCUAAUCCGCAGUACACGAUCGACACAGGAAGUGGAUGUGGAUCAAGUCCUGCCUCCACUGCAACUUGGAAGAAAGCGGGCACUGCUGGCAUCAACGUCAAAUCGAACAAAACGAUUCUCGGAAAAGGCACCUCUGGAUGGAUUAAAGGAAAGGGAUUGAGGUUGAGUGGCGUCAGCAACGUUAUUAUCCAAAACAUUCGCAUCUCGGAUCUUAAUCCUCAGUAUGUCUGGGGAGGCGAUGCCCUGCAUAUUGAAAACGCCAGUAAGGUCUGGGUUGAUCAUAACUAUUUCAAGAAUACUGGUCGCCAGUUCAUAGUCACUGGCUUUGGUGCCGCAAAGCAGGUCACCAUCUCCAACAAUUAUUUUGAUGGUCAAUCUACUUACUCGACCGGCUGUGACCAACAUCACUAUUGGGCCCUCUUGUUUGCUGGAAACGGAGACCAGAUUACGUUUGCUCGUAAUUAUCUAUACUACACUGCUGGACGUGGACCCCAUAUUGGGGGCUUAGAUGGAUACUCUCUAACCUUACACAUGUACAACAACUACUUCAACGAAAUUGCCGGCCAUGCUAUCGACCCCGAUACUGGUUCCAAGAUCUUAGUGGAGGGCAACUACUUCAACAAGGUUAAGACGCCAGCUACUGGAAACACAAAAGGAGCCGCCUUUGCUCCCACCUCGGCCUCUAUGAAUUCUCAAUGUUCUGGAACUCUGGGCAGGAAUUGUGUAUCGAACACUCUGGCGGGUGGAUCAGGUGCCCUGACUAACACUGGCAGCACCGGCAUUCUCAGCGCAUUCACUGCGUCCGUCGUCAAGAGUGCUUCGAUCUUGGACCCCGGACAGGUCCCGUCUGUCGUCACGGCUAAUGCUGGGCUCGGAAAGGUCAAUUAA